AUGGCUGCGACUAAUGAUAAAGAAUCAAUACUUGUUUUCGACAAAAGAUUACUACCAAAAUGUCAAAAAGGACAGUGUCAUAGUAGUACAGAUCUUCGCUCGGGCUGCGUUUCAAAUCAUAUAUGUUGUUAUGAAUGUUGGUGUAAUGCAAGUGCCUCAUCGUUGCAUGCAAUAUGUCCCGUUUGUUCUGCAUCAUUAUCACUAUAUGUUACGCAACUACCAAAACACACGAUAAACUGGGAUGAAGUUGGAAAAUUAAUGAAACGAAAAAGACGUCAACAAUUGGGCACAUGCUCCGAAUGUGAGCAAUUGGCCUAUCUCAGAUGUGAUCCUACUCAUUGUUCAAAAUUAUUUUGUGAUGAUCAUUAUGAGCAACAUUUAAGAAAUGAAUUCAUCAACGUUGUUGAUCAUCAAGAGAAAUUAAAAAAUGUUGUAGAACGUAUUGAAAAACCAAAUAACAUUUUGGAUGAACAACGAGAGAAGUUAUUGAACGUAACAAAUGAGUAUUAUAAAAAUAUAAUCGACGAAGUUAAGAGACAAAAAGACGUUGUUCAAAGUGAAAUCAGACAACUAUGUGAACAUAAUGCGACUACUUCAAAUGAUUAUGAAAGUUUAAUAAGAGAUUUUCAAAAUGUUAUCAAUCGACAUCGAAAUCCUGAAAAUCUCGAAAUUGGUCCACUAGCAAGUUGGAAAAACGACAUCAAUAGAGCAAUUAAAAAAGCAGAAGAAAUACAAAAAGAACGAGAUUCUGUACAAUUUAAUUUUACUUUUGUUGGAGCUAUUGUGCCUACACUGAAAUCAUACACAUUGCCACGAAUUGGUUUUUUACAUGAAUCAAUAAAUGAUAGUUCAGAAGUAUCUUUUGACGUUGCAUUUCAACUAGUUACAAAGUGUCUACAAAAAACAUCAACAAUGACAACAUAUUCGUGUAAAGACGAAAUUCUUUAUCGACCUCGUGCUGUUUGUAAUAUAAAUAACGAAUAUUUUGUUAUUACUUCAUUUCAUAAUAAUCAAUUACAAUUUUUUAAUAAAACAUUCAAUCAUGUUUUAUCACACAAAUGUCAAUCACCACAUGAUUUGACAAGUGUCAAAGCAACUGAAAAUAAUAAUUAUUAUUUAUAUGUGACAACAAGUGGCAAAACCGAUCGUCUAAUUCGAUUAACUAUUUACUAUGAUGAAACGACAAUGUUAAAAGUAAUAGAAGAAGAACCACUUUAUGAUGAAAAUAUUGGCGAACCAAACGGAAUUGCAUGGGUCAAAUCGAUGAAUGCACUUUGUGUAUGUGAUGGUUCAACGGGUAAAGUGAUUGUUCGUGCUAGUAACAAAGAGAAAGAUGAUGAAAUUGAUUUUACACCUGCAACAACAUCUCAGAAACCCUAUAGCAUACGCUGUUCGACAUCACAAGUAUAUGUUGGCGAUAUCAGUCAUCAAUUAAUUUAUGUAUUUGAUAAAUAUCUAAAAUAUGUAAAAACAAUCGAUGAUAAAACUUCAUUUCAUUUCCAGCCCACCACUAUCUGCGUAUUGCAUACGCCACAUGAAUUUAUUCUAACAUCAAGUGAAGAUCUACGACAUAUCAAUAUUUAUGAUGCGAAAGGAGAAGGAGAAUUUCUUGGUACAUCAUUUAAAUUUUCUGGAUGUAUUUCAUCCAUAUGCACAUUUAGACAUUAUCUAUUAAUUAUAAAUUUUACUAUGAAUUGUUUACACGUUAUUGAACUCGAUAAACGUUUAUUUGGAAUUAACUAA